AACUUGUAAUGUCGGUCAAGACAGCAAUGAGUUAUAUUCUCACUAGAGUAUAUAUGAAUUUACAUAAUAACAUAAAUAAGAAAGAGGAAGUACUAAAACUAUUGUAUGUCAUAUUAUACGCAUGAUACAAUACAGAAAAUGAAGCGACAAUGAAAAAAACUAUUUUGUAAAAGAUUCAUGCGUGUAAUUUACCAUGAAUAUACCUUAUAUAUAAGACGGUUCAUAUUUCAUUCAUUUAAAAAAAAAUGUGCUAAGAUGUUGAAAUCGAAGUUAAUAAUUGGAUUGGUUGUUUCAAUUUUGGUAUUGUUACUCGUUUCAGAAAAUGAAGUUGACGCAGCGCCGGAGCCAUGUGGAGAUUUCUUCAGGAUAUUGAAACGUAAGCCAAAAGAUGAUGAGAAAAUUAAAGAGGAAGAAAAGAAGAGGAAAGAAAGGAAAAAGAAGGAGAAAUUAAAACUUAUUGAGAAAUUUUUCGAGGAUUUAUGUAAGUAUUUUUAG